AUGACGCAAUCGGGCACUCAAACUGUUGGUCGUAAUGUACCACGACAUCUGUCUGUAAAAGCUGGUGAACGUGUUACUCUCAACUGUGCAUUUCUAGACAAAUUAGAUAUGAUGAUUUGGUAUAAGCAAAUAUUUGGUGAGAUGCCUCAGAAGGUGGGAGAAAGUUUAACACAUAAUGAAAUCAACAUUUCACCUGAGUUCAACAAAUCAGGAUUAAAAAUGAAGAAAACGGAGACUGGAAUUUCUUUGACAUUUCUACAUAUAAAUAAAGAGGAUGAAGGAUUGUACUUCUGUGGAGUAUUUAGCUGGGUGAGAAAUUCAUUUUCCAAUGGAACAUUCAUAUCUGUGACAGGUGAUCAAGAAUUUAGCGUAUCAAUGUUCCAAAACAGUGAGCUGGACUCAUUUUCUGCAGGAGAAUCAGUAAAUCUUCAGUGCUCGGUUCUUUCUAAGAGCAGAACAGCAGAACUUCAAGUGCUCUGGUUCAGAUCUACUGCACCACAAUUCCAUCCUCAAAUCAUUUACACUCAUCACAACAGCAGCCAUCAGUGUAAGACCAGUUCUUCUACAUACACCUGUGUGUACAAUUUCUCCAAGAACAUCCUCACCAUCAAUGAUACUGGUACCUACUACUGUGAUGUGGCCAUGUGUGGAAAGAUCAUAUUUGGGAAUGGAACAACUGUACAGCUGGCAUCUGUGGAUUAUUUAUGGAAGUUCCUUGCAGUAGCUUUGGUGGUGUGCACAACUGUGAUCAUUGUUCAGUCUGUUUUAAUCUGUAAAAUUAGAAGCUGUAAACCAUACAAAGCUCAAACUGUGGGUCACAAUGAACCACUAAUUCUUUCAGUAAAAGCUGGUGAACGUGUUACUCUCAACUGUGCAUUUCUAGACAAAUUAGUUUUGAUGGUCUGGUACAGGCAAAGAUUUGGUGAGAUGCCUCAGAAGGUGGGAGAAAGUUUAACACAUAAGGGAAUCAACAUUUUUCCUGAGUUCAACAAAUCAGGAUUAAAAAUGGAGAAAACGAUGACUGGAAUUUCCUUGACAUUUCUACAUAUAAGUAAAGAGGAUGAAGGAUUGUACUUCUGUGGAGUAUUAAGCUGGGUGAAAAAUUCAUUGUCCAGUGGAACAUUUGUAUCUGUGACAGGUGAUCAAGAAUGCAGUGUAUCAGUGUUCCAAAACAGUGAGCUGGACUCAUUUACUGAAGGAGAAUCAGUAAAUCUUCAGUGCACGGUUCUUUCUAAGAGCACAAUAUCAGAUCUUCCAGUGCUCUGGUUCAGAUCUGCUGCACCACAAUCCCAUCCUCAAAUUAUUUACACUCAUCACAACAGCAGCCAUCAGUGUAAGACCGGCUCUUCUACAUACAGCUGUGUGUACAACUUCUCCAAGAACAUCCUCACCAUCAAUGAUACUGGUACCUACUACUGUGCUGUGGCCAUGUGUGGAAAGAUCAUAUUUGGGAAUGGAACGACUGUACAGCUGGCAUCUGUGGAUUAUUUAUGGAAGUUCCUUGCAGUAGCUUUGGUGGUGUGCAUAACUGUGAUCAUUGUUCAGUCUGUUUUAAUCUGUAAAAUUAGAAGCUGUAAACCAUACAAAGCCAGAUUGACCCAAGGUUCCGUGAUAGAGAAAACAAACAACCAGGACUGUGAUGCUCCAGAGCUCAAUUACUCUGCUUUACAUUUCAAUGAGAGAAAAGGCAAAAAAGUAAAAGGAAAGAGGCAACCAGCCCAAGACUGUGUGUAUUCCGAAGUGAUGAAGACCUCUUAG